AAUUCCCCACAGCUCAAAUCUCCAAGAUGUUCCAAGACAACAACAACAAAAAACAUUCUUAUGCAGACAUGGAAACAAGAGAGGAAAGAACUAGAGAGAUAUCUCAUGUAUAAAUACGUUUAUUAUUAUUUUAAGAGUAACAAUAUACAAAUAAUCAUUUUUGUUGUAUGAUUUUUUACUGCAAGUGAAUUUAAAAAAAAAAUUAAAGGAAAAAGGCUGAAGAAGGCGCUUGUGUAGUUCAAACAACUGACAGAGAGAAAAAAAAAAGAGAAAGAGAGAGACUAAAAAGGAAAAACUAUCGACACCAAACACACAUAGAAAUAAAUAAGUGGUGUGUGUGUGUGUGUGUGAGUGUUGUGUUGGGGCUAGGAAAAGUGUGUCUGCUGAUAGUGGCAGACCGUGGUGGCUGGUGACUGGUGACGACACGAACGCGCAGGCGGGCGGUGAUUCAGGUGAUUAUCUAUAUUCAGAUUCAUUUAUCCGUUUAUUCACAAGAGAAAAUUAAAAUCAACUAGACUCUUGAACAAGAUAGUAGUUGUGUGUAACAUUUAAAUGACCAAGUGUUUUUUAAAUUAUUUAUAAAACAAAAUGUGAGUGAAGUUGAUUUAUAUAUGUAUAUGUAUAUAAAAAAUUGUUAUUGGUUGGUGUAUAAUACAUAUAUAUGAGCUAAAGACCGACCGACAAGCAUUUCCAGCAGCAGCAGCAGCAGCAGCAGUGUGAGCAGUAGUGAGCAAUAGUGAACAGCAGCAUCACAGCACGAGUUUUUCAGUAGACAGAAACUGACAAGAGUUGUUGCCAGUUUAAUAUAAAUUCAAAUUUUUUGUUUUCUUUUUCUUUUUGAAUUUUAGUUGUUUUACUGUAGUGGAUGACACGUAGUGGUGAAAUAAAAUGAAUAUAUUUGUAUCCUGGGUAUCUUGUAAUUCGGUGGAUGAGUGAGUCAUACUUAAAACACACAACUAAGUACUCCUGAGGGUGGAAUUUGACGCACAGUUAUUGCAAUAACGAGUAACGACAUUGACCUAUUCUUUACACCACUGUACCAAUCUUUUAUUAUCAGUUUCGAUAACUUCCAAAGGAUACUACAUCACAAUAAUCACUUGGCUCCUUAUUUUAUUUUUCUUGCCAAUUUAUUUGCCGUAAAAAAAAGGAAAAAAAAGAAAAAAAUAAAGAGUCAUCCAAUUGAUUCUUCCAAAAUUUUAUUUUAAUAUUUUUAAUAAACCAACUUAGAGGAAUAUUAAAUUGAAAAUUACUAUGGAAUUAGUUUAAAAUAUAGACAUAGAAAGAAGAAGAAGAAUAAAGAUAAUAUUAUUAAAAAUACACAAGUGUAUUUACCACUUGUCCUUUCAACCAGUCGACUGUGAUCUCAAAAAAUUGUGAUUCCACCUGAUAACUUAAAAGGUGGUGGUACCUACACUUAUACACUGGUUUUACAGUGUACCAGUUGCUUAACAAUAGCCUUUUAUUAUUUUUAAAACUUAUUAUUAUGUGUCAUCAGAGCCGAUACCAUACAACCUAACACAUUCAUAUACAUACAUUCAUCGGAUUAUUAUUUUACAAUGAUGAUAAAUACGUCCAGUAAUUAAUAUAACCAGUAUAAUAAUAAUAAUUAAAAAAAAAAAAAAAAGGACAGUAUUUAAAGCCAUUGAAGCUUUAAUAAACUCGUGCCUAAUAACCGACAGAUAAAAAAAAAAACAGACUGAAAAAAAAACAAGAAAUAACUAAAAAAAAAAUAAUCAGCAUGUCAGAUGAAGAAGAUAAACCACCUGCACCUCCCGUCAGACUCACUUCAAACAGAAGUGAAUCGACACCAAAUUUACCGGUGGAUAUGCGGCCACUACCAAAAGAGCCUGAUUCGGAUGAACGUAAAAAGAAAACAUUAAAAGGAAAAAUGAAGGUUAAAGAGAGCAAGGAUAAACCAAACAUCAGCUAUCCAACGAAUUUCGAGCACACCGUUCACGUUGGAUUUGAUGCUGUUACCGGUGAAUUUACGCUGCCACUCAAAGGAAUGCCGGAAGCAUGGGCAAGACUCCUCAUGUCAAGCAACAUCAGCAAACAAGAACAAAAGAAGAAUCCUCAAGCAGUAUUGGAUGUUUUAAAUUGGUAUGACAACAGCAGUAAGGAAGUUAAAGGAUCCAAGUAUAUGACAACUACUAAAAUGGUUGGCAAUGCCGCACCUAUAGAAAGAGCGAGUAGCCCUCGUAGUAUGGGAACAGGAAUAAGUAUUGGUAUUGGAAAUGUGCGUGGGCAAGCAAUGUCUCAAGCAUCUGGUAGUUCACAUUCACAACAAUCUCUAAGCAGAGUUAGUAGCAGUAGUCCUAGUAGUACUCCUACAGAUGCUUGUGCAACGAGUUCCGAGCAAGAAGAUGAACCACCGCCUCCGCCAAUCUCCGCAAGACCGGAACGCACCAAAUCUAUUUAUACUAAACCAAUUGAAGAAGAACCAGUUUUACCACCACCUUUACCAUCAUUGGGAUCUCCUCAACGAAAUGGUACACCCCAAUCUCAGCAUCAAUCACAACUUGAUAAAAACAAAAAUCAAGCAACACCGACAUCAACUACAACAGAUCAAUCGCGAAUCGGUCAAAAUGAUAAAGCACGAAAGAAAAAAAUGUCUGAUGAUGAAAUAUUAGAAAAGUUAAGAACGAUUGUCAGUGUUGGUGACCCUAAUAGAAAAUAUACUAAAAUGGAAAAAAUUGGACAAGGGGCUUCGGGUACUGUUUAUACGGCAAUAGAAACUUCAACGGGAAUGGAAGUGGCAAUAAAACAAAUGAAUCUUUCACAACAGCCAAAGAAAGAGUUAAUUAUUAAUGAAAUUUUGGUAAUGCGGGAAAACAAACAUCCAAAUGUUGUCAACUAUCUCGAUAGUUAUCUUGUUGGCGAAGAACUGUGGGUAGUAAUGGAGUAUUUACCAGGUGGUAGUUUGACGGAUGUUGUAACUGAAACUUGUAUGGAUGAAGGACAAAUAGCUGCUGUGUGUAGAGAAGUUUUGCAAGCGCUUGAAUUUUUACACUGUAAUCAAGUUAUUCAUAGGGAUAUUAAGUCUGAUAAUAUAUUACUUGGAUUGGACGGUGGAGUUAAACUCACGGAUUUUGGUUUUUGCGCUCAAAUAUCACCUGAACAAAGUAAGAGAACAACAAUGGUUGGAACACCUUACUGGAUGGCACCAGAAGUUGUUACUCGAAAACACUAUGGACCCAAGGUUGAUAUAUGGUCGUUGGGUAUAAUGGCAAUAGAAAUGAUUGAAGGAGAACCACCGUAUUUAAACGAAAAUCCUCUACGAGCACUCUAUUUAAUUGCAACGAAUGGAAAACCAGAAAUUAAAGAGAAAGAAAAAUUAUCGAGUAUUUUCCAAGACUUUUUGGAUCAGUGUCUAGAAGUUGAAGUCGAAAAACGCUCUGGAGCUUCUGAAUUACUCAAGCAUCCUUUCUUAAAAUUAGCAAGGCCACUUGCUUCGUUAACACCUUUAAUAAUGGCAGCUAAAGAGGCGACUAAAGGACAUUAGGUAAAAUUAAACAUCUAUUGCGAAAAAAAUAAUAAUAAUAAUUCACCCUCCCAAAACGGUAACGGCACAAUAAUUCAAUUUAAUAAUAAUAAUAAUGAUUAUUAUUAUAAUCAUAGGAAAUAGUUAGUUACAAGUUCGGUACCGUAACAGUAUCGAAAUAAAAUGACUUUUUGAGUCAAUAACAAUACGAGUAAUCCUCAUGUGAUAUGUGAGUUUAUUUCGUAUUAAACCUGACUAGUAGAGAAUGAUCUGAUGAAAAAAAAAAAAAAAAUGAUUUACAAGAGCUUGUAAGUAAUAAAUUAUUACGUCUUCCGGGUUUAAAAAGUAAAAAUAAAAGAAAAGAAAAAAAAAUAAAAGACUUGGCGGUUAUUUACAAUGGCGAUUUUUUAUUACUUUCGAGGGCUUAGUAAAUUAAUGUCAGUUAUUUUCUAUAUAUGUUAAACUAGUAUUACUGAUUCUUUUAGCUACAAAAAUUAUAAAUAAAUAAUUAAGUAAGUAAACUUACAGCUAAAAUUUUGUUAGACUAUCUAUAUAAUGAUAAAAGCCAUAAGCAAAUACAACACAGGUUAUUAUAUAGAACAAAAUAAGUAAUAAACAUUUAUGACUAAUCUUAUACAUAUAUAUAUAUAUUAAUCGAGAAUCAUAUAGCAAAAACAAAAAAUUUGUCUUCACCUUGGACUUAUAUUUUUGAGAAUAAAAUUGAAAAUAAAAAAAGUUAAAGAAAGAUUUUUAAAAAUAAAUAAAUAAAAACAUAUUUAUUAUUUUUUAUUAAAAACACUAUAGUGUUGUACAGUAGCCCAAGUAUAUUAAUUUAAGGGUUUUAAAAUUUCACUGAUCUUUAUAAUAAUAACAAAAAAAUAAAUAAAUUAAAAAAAAAAAAAAUUGAAAAAAAAAUAAAAUAAAAAAAAAAUUACUCAUAAAAAAUAUUUUAAGCUGCUUUAUCAAUAUCAAUAAUGUUUAAUUGGCAUAUCGCUUUUAAUCAGAUGUAAUAUAAGUUUAAAAAUUUUAUUAGCUAUAUAAAUAUCAAUCAUUUUUGACGUAUAUAUUAUUAUUAUUAUUAUUAUUAAAAAGAAAAGAAAAAAAAACGUACACAUAAUACGUAGCAAUUUAUUAACUCGUGGUAUUUUAAAAUUAUAAAAUUUUUAUAAAAAAUUAGUUUGCUUAUUAAAUAUAUUGUUAAUUGAAUUAAUUUAAAAUAUAUGAGGCUCAGUAAAUUGUUAGCCAUUAUUAAAUAUAUUCCGUUAUUGAGAAUAUUAUUUAAUGGUCUGUCAGUCAGAGCGUAAACGAUAAAUAAAAUAAAUGAUCGAGGAAAUUUUAAGACAAGGCUGAGGACGUUGUGAAAAAUUGUGUGACACUUUAAAGUGCCUGUGCGUCUUGUCAUGUUUUAGAGAGAUAUGUAUGAAAACAUUAUUGCGGUAGUGGAUUUUUAUUAUUUCAGUUUAAGACUCCGAAAUAUAUGUAAUUAAAUAAUACAAUUAAAAUAUAAUCGAAUUUUUUAUACGUGUACAAUAUUUUGGAAAUUGUGAAAUUGUUGUACGAGAAUAAUAAGGGCCAUUUUAGUACAUAUUAUAUUAUAUUAUAGUUUAGAACAGAUUCGAUAUAUAUAUAUUAAUAUACAAUAUAGAUUUAUUAUUACAGUCGACUACCCGUCACAAGCCUGCCCUUCAUAAGCUUCUUUCCCUCACUCUUUUGAGUUUCAUACCAGAUAAUUCGUUAUAAACCUCCGUUAAAAUUCUCAAUAAUUAUAAACCAAGAAUAGGAAAAAAUAAACAAAUUAAUGAUGAAAAUUUACUUUCUAUGUUUCGCGAACUGAGUCGUUGACAUUUAAAGCUUCUGCUACAGGUUUAUGACGGGUAGUUGACUGAAUUUUUUAUUUUAAUUGUAUUUCUUUUUUUUUUUUUUGAGUAUAA